CUGCUGCAAUCAUGUGGAAAAGCAUAGGAUCAGUGGGACCAGCACUGGAGAAAGUGCUGCCAACACUGCUGUGUGUGAUGGAGGACUGGCCUGUGCACAGCGCAUCCACCUCCGAUGGGGAUGACACAGAUGUCUUUGCCCUGGCUGCAACUCUGGUGAUCUGGGUGAUUGUGUCUGAAUGCCACAAGGCCAUGAUCCCUUAUUCUGGGCGACUGUUUGUGGCUCUGCUCUUCCAUAUUGUCAUCACCACACAGCAGAUGCCACCAGAGGAAGCUGGGCACUUUUGGAAAGCAUGCGACUGUUUGUGGCUCUGCUCUUCCAUAUUGUCAUCACCACACAGCAGAUGCCACCAGAGGAAGCUGGGCACUUUUGGAAAGCAUGUCGGGAGGAACACCGCCUUCCCAGGAAGCCCAGCAGGUUUGCAGUGCAGGCCAUGAAGGCUCUGCUCUACCGCCUGCGGUGUGACAAGGAGGUGAUGGCUGUGGAGCGCAAGCGUGGCUGGGACACGCUGCUGCGUGCUCACACCCAGCACUAUGCCGUGGGUCUGCUGGCCAGGGAGAUGCGCCGUAUCUUUAUCCCCUUUUGUUCCCUCAUUGCAUUACAUCUACUGAAGGAGCUCCACAGGGCGGACCCAUACUGGGAUCUGCCCUUCCUGGCAUUCCUUGUGGAGGUCUUUGAGUGCUUGGACUUGUGUAAAUGUGGUGACAGCAUACUGGAGAUCAUGUCAAGGUGCCUGCAGAGCGAGUGCAGGGAGAGGCGUCGCCUGGCGCUCAGGGCCCUCAUGGUGCUCAGCAAGGAUCCCUUGAGGGCCAGAAGAAUGUGCAGUCUGUCUAAAAACCUUGUGGAGCUGCUGGGUGAUGCAGAUGGAUAUGUUGUCAGCAUGACCCUCUCUGUGCUCACAAAUAUACUUGAGAAUGACCACAUCCUGAUAUCCAGCACCACUGCCCCGCAGCUGGCUGAGGCACUCCUGCCACUCUUUGACUGUGACGACAUCCAUAUGCAGCUGCUCUCCCUAAACCUCUUCUUCAAGGUGAUGGACUUGGUAGUGAAGAAAGGAAAAAAGCCCCUGAAGAGAAUUGUGAAACAGAGCCUGCUGCCACUCUUCUUUCAUUGCCAUGAUGCGAACGAGCGUGUGGCAAAAGCCUCUCGUGAAUUGCUGCUUUGUGUGGUAAGGUUCCUGAGGAGAAGGAAGCUCAAGCAACUACUUAAGAGGGAGAAGAUGUUGAAGUUUGGCACCAGCCUGGGUCUGCCAGGGUAUCCAUGAGGGGACAGAAGGAAGUCCUCGAGGUCCUCAAUGAGGCCAUUCACACCCGGAAGAAAGGCUGUACAUCCCACUGUAGCAGGAAUAUUCAAGCACAGUUUACAAGUCGAGUUGAAGAAUUAAGUUCAUCUUCAGGAUCCAGUGAAUCAGUGUCCUAAGAAUAGCACCAGGAGAUGCUGAAGAGGACACCAUCUCCACUGCCACUGGAACCCCACGCACAGCUGAUAAUUGGUACAGCGGAGCCUGUGGGACACUGGUCUGGCUUCAGCCAACUCCCUGCCUGUAGAUAGCUCCCUCCCUCCAGCUUUCACACCGUGUCGACCCUCCCCGCUUUGGUCCAUUCCAGUUCAUCCCUUUGCUUCGCCUGCCAUUAAUAAACAGUUUGGCUUCUUCA